AAGGUUCCUCAGAUCCAGAACCGGUUCUUUAAGCUCAGCUCAGUGUCCGAUUCCACUGGAAGAACCAGGAUCAGCAUGGAGAUCUGAACCGGGCCUGGAUCAGACCUGGACCUGGUCUAGAUCAGACCGGCUGGAGAACAAUCAGCUGUAACAGAUCAAUAAUGCUGUAAACUGAAGAGAAAUGCGCAGAUAUAGAUUGAUAUUUAUUGAUCACAGUGUAGUUUAUGCUGUUUAAAGCGCAUUACUGCUUAAUGUGGACUUUGAUCUGUUGGGGAGAUAAAAACGGAACUGCUAUAAAGGCGUGUUUAUAUGCAGUAGCGCUGUUUAACCAGCAGGGGGAGCAACGGAGCUCAAGAUCACGUGGGGUCGGUGUCGGCAGUGUUCAGCUGUGUGUGAAUGAAGAAGAGUAAAUGAUUGAUCUUCAGAACUCCAGCAGUGGAGGAGGACCUCCUGUCAUAAAGGAGAAGAGAGCAGCAUCUCCAGCCCCCAGUGGAGUGUCUAUGAAGAGUGACCGGUCCAUGAGGAAUCCUCUAAACUUCAGCAGUGGAGGAGGAAGCUCUGGGUCUCGAACUGAAACCCAGAGAGGAGCUUCUCCAGAACCCAGCUGUGUUUCUAUGAAGAGUGACCGGUCCAUGAGGAAUCCUCUAAACUUCAGCAGUGGAGGAGGAAGCUUUGGGUCUCGAACUGAAACCCAGAGAGGAGCUUCUCCAGAACCCAGCUGUGUUUCUAUGAAGAGUGACGCGUCCAUCGGGGUUCCUCCUGAUCUCAGCAGUGAAGAUAUGACCUCUGACCCACAGGAGAAGAGAGCAGCAUCUCCAGCCCCCAGUGGAGUGUCUUUGAAGAGUGAUCAGUCCAUGAGGAAUCCUCCAGAGUUCAGCAGUGGAGGAGGAAGCUCUUGGUCUCGAACUGAAACCCAGAGAGGAGCUUCUCCAGAACACAGCUGUGUUUCUAUGAAGAGUGACCGGUCCAUGAGGAAUCCUCUAAACUUCAGCAGUGAAGAUAUGACCUCUGACCCACAUAAGAAGAAACACAACAAUUACAGAGAAAAACUGGACCACAUAUUCAAGAAGCUGGAGGAGAAGUUUAUCUCUCUAGUGAAGAAUGAGCUGAACACAUUCAAGAAGCUCCUGAGUCCAGAUUACCCAGCAUGCUCUGAGGGAGAGGUGGAUGAUGAUCAGAAGGAGGGGGUGCUGAAGGUCACACUGCACAUCCUGAGGAACAUGAAUCGGAUAGACCUCGCCAACACACUAGAGAGCAAAUUAGCCCCAGCAUGCCAACGAAAGCUCAAAUCCAAGCUAAGAGAUAAAUAUCAGAGAAUUAAUGAAGGAAUAUCAGGCUAUGUAAAUUCAGCACUUCUGAAUGAGAUCUACACAGAGCUCUACAUCACAGAGGGAGAUGGAGGAGAUGUCAAUCAGGAACAUGAGGUGAUGCAGAUUGAAGCUGCAUCCAGGAAAAAAACAACACAGGAAAGACCAAUCAAAUGCAACGACAUCUUUAAACCAUUACCAGAACAGAACCAGCUCAUCAGAACUGUACUGACUAAAGGAGUUGCUGGAAUUGGAAAAACAGUCUCUGUGCAGAAGUUCAUUCUGGACUGGGCUGAAGGAGAAGCAAAUCAGGACAUUCUCUUCAUAUUUCCACUUCCUUUUAGAGAGCUGAAUCUGAUGAAGGAGAAGAAGCUCAGUCUGGUGAAUCUUCUUCAGAGCUUCUUCCCAGAAACACAAGAUUUAAAACCAAGACAUUAUAAGGGCUACAAGGUCAUGUUCAUUUUUGAUGGUCUGGAUGAGUGUCGACUGCCUCUGGAUUUCCAGCACAAUGAGAACUUGGUAGAUUUAGAAGAGCAAACCUCAGUGGAUGUUCUGCUGACGAACCUCAUCAAGGGGAAUCUGCUUCCCUCUGCUCUCCUCUGGAUCACCUCUCGACCAGCAGCGGCCAGUCAGAUCCCUCCUGAGUGUGUUGAUCAGGUAACAGAAGUGCGGGGUUUCAGUGACCCUCAGAAACAGGAAUACUUCAGUAAGAGGAUCAGAGAUCAGGACCUGGCCAACAAAGUCUUCACACACAUCAGGUCUUCAAGAAGCCUCUACAUCAUGUGCCACAUACCGGUCUUCUGCUGGAUUACAGCCACUGUUCUAGAGAGAAUGCUGAGCGAAGCUGAGAGUGGAGAAAUUCCCAAAACCCUGACGCAGAUGUUCACACACUUCCUGAUCUAUCAGAUCAAACACAAGAGCCAGAAGUACAGUGUGAAAAGUGACCCUGAUCCUCAGAAGACUAGAACAAGUAUCCUGGCCCUAGGGAAACUGGCGUUCCAGCAGCUGGAGAAAGGAAACCUGAUCUUUUAUGAGGAAGAUCUAAGAAAGAGUGGUAUCGAUAUUGAAGAAGUGUCAGUGUACUCAGGAGUGUGUACCCAGAUCUUCAGGGAGGAACAUGAGCUGCUCCUGGGGAAGGUCUUCAGCUUUGUACAUCUGAGCGUUCAGGAGUUUCUUGCUGCUUUAUAUGCAUUCCUCUGCUUCAUUGACAGAAGCGUACUGAAUCAGCAAAUCCCUGAAAACCAAAACUCUGAACUAUCUGAACUCUUCAGUAAGUCAACGAUGACUGACUUCCUCAGCAGUGCCAUAGACAGAGCCUUACAGAGUGAGAGUGGACACCUGGACCUGUUCCUUCGCUUCCUUCUGGGUCUCUCACUGGAGUCUAAUCAGACUCUAUUACGAGUCAUACUGACACAGACAGAGAGGAUCUCUGACAGCAAUGAGGAAACAGUCAAAUACAUCAAGAAGAAGAUUGAGGAGAACUCAACUCCAGAGAAAUCCAUCAAUCUGUUCCACUGUCUGAAUGAACUGAAUGAUCAUUCUCUGGUGCAGGAAGUGCAGAAAUACCUGAGUGCAGGUGGAGAGCGUCGUCUUCAAAAGGCCAGGCUCUCUCCUGCUCAGUGGUCAGCUCUGGUGUUUGUGUUGGUGAACUCAGAAGAAGAGCUGGAUGAGUUUAACCUCAGUAAAUAUCAUCCAUCAGAGGAGUGUCUUCUGAGGCUGCUGCCAGUGGUUAAAAUAUCCAGAAGAGCUGUACUUGCUUCAUGUAAUCUUGGACUAAAAACGUGUGAAAAUCUGAAAUCAGUUUUAAACCUGGAAAACUCCCCCCUGAAAGAGCUGGACCUCAGUAACAAUGACCUGCAGGACUCAGGAGUGGAGCUGCUCUCUGCUGGACUGAAGAGUUCACACUGUAAACUGCAGAUUCUCAGACUAGCUUCCUGUAAUCUUGGAGUAAAGACGUGUGAAAAUCUGGAAUCAGUUUUAAACCUGGAAAACUCCCCCCUGAAAGAGCUGGACCUCAGUAACAAUGACCUGCAGGAUUCAGGAGUGGAGCUGCUCUCUGCUGGACUGAAGAGUUCACACUGUAAACUGCAGAUUCUCAGACUAGCUUCAUGUAAUCUUGGAGUAAAAACGUGUGAAAAUCUGGAAUCAGUUUUAAACCUGGAAAACUCCCCCCUGAAAGAGCUGGACCUCAGUAACAAUGACCUGCAGGAUUCAGGAGUGGAGCUGCUCUCUGCUGGACUAAAGAGUUCACACUGUAAACUGCAGAUUCUCAGACUAGCUUCCUGUAAUCUUGGAGUAAAGACGUGUGAAAAUCUGGAAUCAGUUUUAAACCUGGAAAACUCCUCCCUGAAAGAGCUGGACCUCAGUAACAAUGACCUGCAGGAUUCAGGAGUGGAGCUGCUCUCUGCUGGACUGAAGAGUUCACACUGUAAACUGCGGAUUCUCAGAUUAUCUGGUUGUAUGAUCACAGAGAAAGGGUGUUGUUCUCUGGCUUCUGCUCUAAUUUCAAACCCCUCCCACCUGAAAGAGCUGGAUCUGACCUACAACCACCCAGGAGAGUCAGGAGUGAAGCUCCUUUCUGCCAGACUGGAGGAUCCACACUGCAAACUGGAGAAACUCAGAGUGGAACAUGGAGGGAAGAUCAGAAUCAAACCUGGAUUCAAAAAAUACGGCUGUGAUUUCACUCUGGAUCUGAACACAGCGCAGUGUGAUCUCUCUCUGAGUGAGGAGAACAGGAGGGUGGAGUGGAGAGAGGAGCUGCAGUCGUAUCCUGAUCAUCCAGAGAGAUUUGAUGGGUUUCUGCAGGUUCUGAGUAGAGAGAGAGUUACUGGUGUUACUGGACGCUGUUACUGGGAGGCUGAGUGGAGUGGGAGAGGAGCAGCUGUUGUAGCUCUGAGUUAUAAAACCAUCAGCAGGAAAGGAGACGGAUCAGAGUGUAAGUUUGGAGAGAAUAUAAACUCCUGGAGUCUGAACUGCUUUGAUUACGGUUACACUGUUCUUCACAAUAAUAAGAGAACUGAACUCUCCAUUCCUCCCUCCGGCUGUAGGAGAGUAGGAGUGUAUGUGGACUGUCCCUCCGGCACUCUGUCCUUCUACAGAGUCUCCACUGACACACCCUCACACACACCCUUACACACUCUCACACACUUACACACAUUCUGCACCACCUUCACUCAGCCCCUCUAUGCAGGGUUUGGGGUUUAUCGUGACUCCUCAGUGCGUCUGUGCAAGAUAGAAUAACCCUGUGCAUAUCAGUGUGUGUGAGAAAGUGUGUGUGUGUGUGUGUGUGUGUGUGUAUGAGAGGGUAAAAUGUGUAGGGGACUUUAACAACGUCACACUGGACUCAGUGCUCCCUGCUUUCCACCAGUAUGUGAACUGUCCCACCAGGAAGAAUAGAUCUAUUGAUCUCCUUUACUCCAACCUAAAGGAUGCAUACUCCGCCACACCUCUCCCCCCUCUGGGAAAAUCUGACCACAACCUGAUCUACCUGCAACCCCAGUACAAGCCCCAGGUCCGUAGGCAACCUGCAUCUACACGCUCUUUCAGGAAAUGGUCUCCUGGUGCUGAAGCAGCUCUCAGGGACUGUUUUGAGUCCACUGAAUGGAGUGUAUUGCAGGAGCCAUGCGGUGAGGACAUUGAGGGGAUUACACACUGCAUGACGGACUACAUGAACUUUUGCAUGGACAUUGUUGUUCCUGUGAAAACUGUGCGUUGUUUUGCUAACAACAAGCCCUGGAUUACCAGCAAUGUUAAAGGCCUUCUAAACAAGAAGAAGAGGGCUUUUAAAGAUAACAACCAGGAGGAGCUUAGGAGCGUACAGAGGGAGCUCAAAGUCCAUUUGCGAGAGGCCAAGGAGUCCUACAGGAAGAAGGUGGAGCAGAAGUUGAGAGAAAAUGACAUGAGGGAGGUAUGGAAUGGAAUGAAAACAAACACUGGCUGUAAGCAGAGGAUGGACAGUGCUGCAGAUGGUGAAGUAGAGAGAGCCAAUGAGUUUCAACACCUUCUACAACGGUUUGACUGCCCUGUUCAAGACCCUACAGCUCUGGCUGACACCUCCUUCACUCCCCCCUUCAUCUCAUCAAGCAACUCAGCCCCCCCUCCCCCCUCAUCCCCACACUCAGCUGCCCUGACCACCAGCACCACUAUAGCCUCAAAUGUGCUCUCUUAAAUCACAGCCUUUUUAUCUGUACUGGAAUAACACCCUACACAUCUACACCAUGUCACUCUUUUGCCUUUUUAUUUUAUGCACUGUUUUUUUGCACCCCUGGAAACUUUGUCACUUUACUGUACUUCCUGUACAUUUGCACCCCCGGCCACUACACUACGCAUCUAACUUAAAUACAACACCUGCACUGGUUUAUAUUUAAUAUUAUCAUAUCUGCUGAUACCCGCUAUCUCCUAUACUUAAAUUAUUCUUUUACUGCACUACUUCAUAUCUACGACUGAUUACUUCCACACUUUUUAUAGCGUUUUGUAUUUAUAUAUAUAUAUAUUUUUUAUUUUAUAGUUUAGAGUCUUAUAUCCCUCACUGUGCUCUCUUAUUGUACUACACUUAUUGCUGUUUGUUUCUACUGUGUUGUGUAACUGCUACUGGCUGUUAAAUUUCCUUCGGGAUCAAUAUAGUAUCUAUCUAUUGUUAUAUAUAAGAUAAUAUUGGAAUAUAAUCAGUCAAUGUUUUAUUAUAACCGAUUCCUUAUAAUCGAUUGUUUUAAGCUUAUGGCAACCCUACAUACCUAUAGAUGUAUGAAUAGUUGAUAGUACAAGCCCCUAUAAAUAUAUUAAUCUUGUAUAACUUCAUAUUAGUACGGAAAGGUUCAUAUAUACUAGAUAUUGCUAUAGACCACAUAUAUAUUAACCAUCAGUAUUGUCUUUUAUAUAUUUGCAAAGUUCGCUUUUAAGAACAGGAUAGGAGUCAUGUGAAAGAUGCACAAGGUCAUCUGCCAGCUUAGGACGAACACCCUAGACAUGAAAAACAGGAAAGCCUAGGAGUGCAUAUCCCCAUAUUCUUCGGACAUGGUAUAGCUGAACAGUCAGUUUUUCGUGCAAAACAGGAAACCCAACUUUAGAUUUAGCAGGGAUCCAUGGAGUCAGGAUCCUCAGCUAAUGUGAAAAACAGGAAAGUAUAUUGUGAGCACUCACAAUACUAGGAAACGUACUGAAAAACGCUUACGUAUACAAUUCUGAAGAACGCUUACGUAUACAAUUCUGAAGAACACUUACGUAUACAAUUGUGUAGGAUUGGUGUAUGUUAAAGUGAUUUCAUACUGGGAGGAGUUGAGGAAAAUUUGAGUAUUUAAUAGGACUGUAUGCAUGUAAUGUUUCAGAGUCUGUCCCUGGAAGCUGACCGGUCUGCGAAUCGUGAGGCUUCAGGGCAGGGUCUCCAGGAGCCUCCUGUUAAUAAACUUGUUUUCUUUUGAGCACAUCUACGACUCCAGGUGAACCUUCAUAAACUAACAGAGGUUUUAGGUAAUUAUUUUGGUUUAUAUGCAACACUAUCUGUCUAUCUAUCUGUCUAUCUAUCUGUCUAUCUAUCUGUCUAUCUAUCUAAUAUAAGUAUGUAAAUAUUUUAUAUUGAUGAUUUUGUAAGUUUUCCAGAACAUUUAUUUUUUAUUACUGUUCUCUUUAUUCACUACUGUUAUCACUGUACUGUUCUGUACUUAUUGUUAACUAUUGUUUUAUUUUACUGUAAAAUAGAUUCAUAUUAAUAAAGCUGAAUAAUUGUAGAAAUGGGAAACUGGAAAGGUAAAGAGAGGAGACUGGUGAUU